GAACCAGAGAAAGAACCAGAACUAGGACCAGGAGCAGAAGAUCCCAGAGCAGCAGAAAGUAUGCAGUGUGUGCGUUGUCCCGCCAUCUUGGUUGUAGUGGCGAUGGUCCUGUGCAGUCCUGGUGUUUCCUCUCAGCUCAACGGAGACCAAGACCAAUAUCAGGACCAGAACCAGGACCUGGACCUGGAGCUGCGUCACCGCCGGCUGCUGCAGCGAGCUCACAGCGCCGGACUGCUGUCACAGGAGUGGAGUAAACGUGCGGUGGAGGACCUGCUGGCUCAGAUGUCUCUGCCUGAGGCCCAGCGGGAGGCUGAGGUUGUUUCAACAGCAACAGGAGGAAAGAUGAACCUGGAGAGAUCCGUCGACCCUCCCAACAACCUGCCUCCCCGCGAACGCAAAGCCGGCUGCAAGAACUUCUACUGGAAGGGCUUCACUUCCUGCUAAGGCCCACCCAGUUUUGGCCACGCCUUCCAUGGACCAACCAACCCAUCCAAGAUCCCCUGCCCUUCACUGGAGCGUCUGGACUGACCAAUCAGCAGCUGUCUGGCUGCAGUGUACCUGAAUAAUUAAUGUAAUUAUCAAUUAAAG